AUGGAGACUCCGGCUUCAUCUGAGGAUGGAAAUGACAAGAUUCUAUCCGACACUGUGUCUGCAUUCACCCCCGACACCGACUCUGUUGCUGCCCUAUCGAGUUCCAUGAGAGACACCGGUAUCACUGUCACCCACCCUGACGACAUUCCCCUUCCGAAUAUUCGCAAGCUCGAAGGACGCAGUCAAUGGCUCUCCUUCAAAAAUGAGAUCAUCCAAUCUCUCAGUGUCUCCAACUCUACAGGCUACCUCAUCGGCCAGAUUCCCCCAGGCGGAACUGAGCUAUGUGACCAGCAUAUAAAGUCCUGGCUAUACAACUCUCUCAGCCCGACCCUGCAGAGAUCUAUCCUUCAGUACCUCCAUCCCUACGUACCGAAAGAUCAUACUACCAAGGAUUUCUGGGACGCCUUGCACGCGGCCUACAAUGGGUCAUGUCAUAAAUACCAAGCUUUUGCUAAGUUCAUGAAGCUGUCACGUUCCGAUUACAGCAGCGUCAGAGACUUCACUACGGCACUUAUACACAGCCUUCUGUGCUGUUGGGAACUUGGCUUCAAGAUGGACGAGUUGGCGGGUAUUGUGAAGUUAGUGGAAGAGCUUGACGCCGAGCGCCCUACAUGGUGUGACGAAGUUUGGGAACAGACAAUGGAUGACGACAGUUAUUCCUUCCGCGAAUUGAUUCAGCAAGCCAACGAUGGGGUUCUUUCUAUCGCCGAACUUCCAACAAAGUCACCUGCAGAUACGACUACAGAGUCCACACCAUACUCGAACGACAACAAAUGCUCUCACUGCGAAGGCGCCCACAAGAUCAACCGUUGUUGGUAUCUUCACCCGAAUCAACGCCCGAAGAAGUGGAUUCCGAAGAGAGGCAUCUACGCGGUUCCAGCGAAGGGAUAG